UUUUGAAAGGCCCUUCCUUCUUCCAUGAUGAUAGUAGCUGUCUACUGCCCGGUGAUAGCAGCUCUCUUUAUCGUUUUGAAGAUGGUGAAUUACCGUUUGCACAGGGCACUGGAUGAGGGAGAAAUUGUGGAGAGGAAUGCCAGUGAGCAUAUGGACAGAGGUGCAAAACCAGAACAAAGCAGUGUUUCAGCCAAGAGGAAAGACAGCAAUGGGCCCAGUGACCCUGGUGGAGGGAUUGAGAUGUCAGAGUUCAUACGAGAAGCGACUCCCCCUGUUGGCUGUAGUUCACGCAAUUCUUAUGCUGGGGUAGAUCCAAACAACCAGGUUGGAUCUGGGUUAUCUCGUCUGGGAACAGCGGCAACCAUCAAAGGAGACACCGACACUGCCAAGACCUCUGAUGAUAUCAGCUUAAGUCUUGGCCAGAGUUCUAGCCUAUGUAAAGAAGGGAGUGAAGACCAAGAUUUGGCAACUGAUCGGAAGCUUUUUCGUCUGGUGUCGAACGACUCGUUUGUCUCCAUCCAACCUUCAUUAUCCUCUGGACAGGAUUUGCCAAGAGACAACAGUGACAAAGUGUGCCUCUCGAACAACCAGCUUGUGGACCAGUCUAAAAGCAGUGCGUGUGACGCAGAAGUAGCUUCGCUUGUAACUCUUCAUUCUCACUCCUAUAGGAAGGAUCAUAGACCACGAGGUGUACCAAGGACUUCUAGUUCUGCUGUCGCUUUUCCAGAUGCUUCAUUAAAUGACUUCCCACUCUAUCAGCAAAGGCGAGGACUAGAUCCUGUCAGUGAGUUAGAAGCUUCCAAGCCCCCUUCCGGAUCCAGGGAGUCCUUGGCUGAGAACUCUUGCAUUUCAGGAGUCUUUCAAUUAGAUGACAUUCUGAAAAGUAGCAGCCCUCAACCAUUGGCUAAGAGUGGGAAGUGCAAAUCCUUGAAAGCAGACAAAAGCGUGGACAGUCUGAGAAGCCUGAGUACUAGAAGCAGUGGUUCAACAGAAAGCUACUGCAGUGGGACUGAUCGUGACACUAACAGUACCAUCAGUAGCUAUAAAAGUGAACAUACUAGCUCGACGCAUAUAGAAAGUGUGUUGUCAGAGCACGAGGAGGAGUCUCCUAGAGAAGAGAAAAGGAAUGAUCAGAAAAAGGACUGUGGUGUUGAUUCAGAUGACAGUAGUUCUACUACUGACAAAAGGACUAGUAGCGAAAGGACUGCUGUGGAAGUGAGCACUAACAGUGGUGUUCAGGAGGUAAAGGGUUCUAACGCAUCUGAUGAGAUGCACAGUCAGAAAGGUCUUGGUGCCUCUGCUUCAGAAGAGGCCAACAAGAACCCACAUGCCAAUGAAUUGACUACGCAAGCCGACAGGCCACCUGGGAAGGCUGCUGAACAAAGAGAGGAGCAGAGUGAGAAACUAGCUGUGUUGGUAGAUACAAGAGCCUCUAAAGAAAUGAGUGGAAAACAGAAGGAAGGAGAUGUUCGACCAAAAUCUUCCAGCUUAAUACAUCGAACAGCAUCUACUCACAAGUCCAGCCGCAGAAGGACAGGAAAAAAGCGGGCUAGUAGUUUUGAUUCAAGUCGACACAGGGAAUACGUUUCCUUCCAAGGUGUAUCUGGUACUAAACCUCACAGUGCUGUGUUUUGUCACGAUGAGGACUCCAGUGAUCAAAGUGACUUGAGCAGGACAUCAAGUAUGCAGUCGGCUCACCAGUUCAGCAGCGAUAGCUCUUCCAGCACCACCUCCCAUUCAUGCCAGUCUCCCGAGGGAAAGUACAGUGCUCUAAAGACCAAAUACGUUUCUAAAGAGCGUGGGGGCGCAGACUCUGAAAACGCUCACAAAACCCAUGUAAGCUCUGAGGGAAUUAGCAAAAAACGGUCUACACGUCGGACUUCUAGCACAAACAGUGCCAAGAAUCGUGCCAGAGUAUUAAGCCUGGACAGCGGUACUGUAGCUUGUUUAAAUGACCCAAAUAGUUUAAUGGCACCAGGUAACAUAAAACAGUUAACCACUUCAAAAUCUGAUUUGGAAGCCAAAGAAGGAGAGGUGCUAGAUGAGCUAUCUCUUUUGGGAAGGGCUUCACACUUAGAGUCAGUCACUCGUUCUAGGAAUAGCUUACCAAGCCAGGCUACGUUUCCUGAAGGGGAAGAGCAAGAAUCGGCAAGUGGAGCAGCACAAGCCAGCGAGGAGACUGUCACAUUUCGGCGUGAACGCAGCACAUUUAGGCGUCAGGCAGUACGACGCCGGCACAAUGCAGGGAGUAACCCUACCCCUCCUACAUUGCUCAUCGGAUCACCCCUCAGCCUUCAAGAUGGUCAGCAAGGCCAGCAGCCCUCCUCCCAGGUCAGAGUGCAGUCCCGCCCCCCUUCCCAGGCAGCUGUGCUCGGCGCUAGCGCCUCCUUGCUGGUGAGAAAUGGGAGUGUCCACUUAGAAGCGUCACAUGCCACUGCAUCUGCUGUAGGCGGUAGCAGUUUGCACGAUGAACUUGGUAAGUUCAGUUCUACGCUCUACGAGACAGGGGGCUGCGACAUGUCACUUGUGAACUUUGAGCCAGCUGCAAGAAGAGCAUCCAACAUCUGUGACACGGACUCUCACGUAUCGAGUUCUACCUCAGUUCGCUUUUAUCCACAUGAUCUACUUUCUCUUCCUCAGAUCAGGUUGAACAGGCUGCUAACCAUGGAUACAGAUCUGCUGGAGCAGCAAGAUAUUGACCUGAGCCCUGACCUUCAGGACCACAUGCAGCCUCAAGAGGAAGCAGCUCAAAAAGUCAAGCAGUACUAUCGCUUUUGGAUCCUGCCUAAGCUUUGGAUUAGCAUCAAUUUUGAUAGAUUAACUCUUCUGGCUUUAUUUGACAGGAAUCGUGAGAUCCUUGAAAACGUGUUAGCUGUCAUCCUAGCUAUCCUAGUUGCAUUUCUGGGCUCUGUACUUCUUAUAGAGGGCUUUUUCAAGGAUAUUUGGGUCUUCCAGUUCUGCCUGGUAAUAGCCAGUUGUCAGUACUCGCUGUUGAAGAGUGUUCAGCCAGAUUCUUCUUCCCCUCGACAUGGUCAUAAUCGUAUCAUAGCCUAUAGUAGGCCUGUUUAUUUCUGUUUAUGUUGUGGUCUUAUUUGGCUGUUGGAUUAUGGCAGCAGGAACAUAUCUACAACAAGAUUCAGGUUGUAUGGAAUGGCUUUCACCAACCCAUUGCUGCUGCUGUCGGCCAGGGACUUAGUUAUAGUGUUUACACUAUGUUUCCCUAUAGUAUUCUUCAUUGGUCUCCUGCCUCAGGUGAAUACAUUUGUGAUGUAUCUCUGUGAACAGCUGGAUAUUCACGUCUUCGGUGGCAAUGCUACCACAAGCCUGCUUGCAGCACUUUACAGUUUUAUCUGUAGUAUUGUGGCAGUAGCAUUGUUGUAUGGACUGUGCUAUGGUGCCCUGAAGGAUUCUUGGGAUGGGCAGCAUAUUCCAGUCCUCUUCUCCAUAUUUUGUGGUUUGUUAGUGGCAAUAUCUUAUCAUCUCAGCAGACAAAGUAGUGACCCUUCUGUACUCUUCUCUUUAGUGCAAUCAAAAUUUUUUCCUAAUUCUGAAGACAAAAACCCUGAGGAUCCUCUGUCUGAAGUAAAAGAUCCUUUACCUGAAAAGCUUAGAAAUUCUGUGAGUGAACGACUGCAGUCGGACCUGAUUGUGUGUAUAGUCAUGGGUGUACUCUAUUUUGCAAUUCAUGUCAGCACAGUAUUUACAGUUUUACAG